AUGGAAAAGAAGGCCCAAUCCAAGCUGGCAGCAGCGGUUCUAGCGGCCGCGAGCCGACCCCGCAAAAAGAAGCCAUAUAUCUACAAGAAGGAAAAAAGCGAGUCGCUCAUCACGGUGUCGCUUGCAAAAGGUGCCCGAAGCAAGAAUGUGCCUGAUUUCGAUCGGUUGGACCGCUUGCUAGGGCUGACUGCUUCCGAGUCAGACAAAAGGGAUGAGUCCUCUGAGAGCCAGACAGAAGCGCACGACGGUCGAGCCACGUUGUCGUCCACUAUAGAAAAAGGCGUAUCGGAAGCGGAUGGUGCCCAAAACAGUGGAAACACCCGAAACAGUGGAAACACCCGAAACGGUGGAAACAGUGCCCGAAACGGUGGAAACAGCACCCAAAACAGUGGUGUCAUUGAAAAAGGUCAAGCCAAUGGCGCCGCAGCUGUGUCCCCAAAGCCCACUGAACCGCCGCAACCGGGCACAUCGCUCGCCCAACUUUUAUCGGGCGACUUCGCGCUGCGACCUUCGCCUGCUGUGCAAGAAAAGUACCGUGGCGCGCACUUCCCGCUACCCCGCAGUAAAAAGACCCUCAAGGCGCGCGUCGAACACCACCUCGACCUAGUGCCUCGCAUUCUCGCGGGCGAUGAAGAGCUCUCAUUUUAUUACACACUUGCCCUUGACCAGCGGCGCCGACUGCGACACGCCCAAAUGACGCUGGCCGAGCGGUGGGAUAUAGGCUGGGACAAGUUUGUAGGCGGUUUUUAUGGGUUGAAGCGCCAGCUGUUUAUCGCUACGCUCGUGCAUUCGCGCUUCGCUGCAGAUUUGGCCCGCUCCACUAACAAAACCAUCUUGUACUGGUCGCCCGACAUGUUCUGCACCUAUGUCUUGGCCAACGAGAUCAUCUUACGCCUCGUGAUGGAAGACAUGGCACUACUGAAGGAAGAUGCAGAGGCAUUGAUGCGGCGCACCGGCGAUUACGGUUGCCAUGUUGCGGAUCACGAAGACCUAGUGGACGACUUGGAUUUUGGCGAGAUGGCUUUUAUGCCAGAGCAAGAAGAAAGCCCGCAGACGAAUUCUUAG